AGAGAAGACACGGAUAGCCAGCCAUUCUGUGGCGAUUUACUUGUAAUGAUUGAUGCUGCCGUUUACACCGUGUCCCCGUUGAACCGCAGGCUGCAUCACACGGCUGUCAUGGUUAUUUUAGCGGAUCUCUCCAAAAAUAUUUUUCUCCUCUAAUUCAGUUCACACAGAGACACACACAUACACACGCGCGCGCACACACACGCACGCACGAGGCUGUAGCGAGCAGCUGUGAGACGCGGCGCUGCCUCCGGUUGAUCGGCGGCAGGAUGGCACUGCGCUGGACGCUCUCUGUGUUUGUCCUCGGCGGCCUGUUAAGAUUUUAAUUGGCUGAUAACAGAGCUACAGUUGACAUUAACGGCGGGGUGGCGUGGGGAGCGACGGAUAUAAACGCACCGCUCCGAUUAUGGAAAAACAACCCAGGUUUGAAGACCUCUGAUCAUAUUGGCUCCGCGGCCAGCCGGGUGGCCAGUCAGGUGACAGCCAAGCACACUGAGGAGGGAGACCAACAGUGAGACUGUGAGAGCCUCUUAUCACACCCACACUGCUUCACCCAUCCCACUCCAUCACCGCCGCCAUGUCUAUACCCAGCGGCAGCCCAGAGAGAGAGGGCUCUGGUGGGGCUCCCCCUCAGCUAGAGUACCCUUCUUCCCCUUCCGGCAUGGACCCAGACCCCCCGUCGACGGGCAGCCCAGUGCUCAGCCCGGACUCAUCUUCCCAUGAUGCAGUGCUGUCAGCACCAGCGGCUUCCCCGGCAGACUCCGAGAACCUGAGUCCUGAUGAACUGGAGCUGCUGGCCAAACUGGAGGAGCAGAACAGGUUGCUGGAGGCCGAUUCCAAAUCCAUGCGCUCGAUGAGCGGCUCACGGCGCAACAGCGGCUCCUCGCUGGUGUCGAGCUCCUCGGCCUCGUCGAACCUGUCGCACCUGGAGGAGGAUACCUGGAUCCUGUGGGGCCGCAUCGUCAACGAGUGGGAAGAGUGGCGACGCAAGAAGGACAAACUCCUGAAGGAGUUGAUAAGGAAGGGCAUCCCUCAUCAUUUCCGGGCCAUCGUGUGGCAGCUGCUGGGUAACGCUACCGACAUGCCGGUGAAGAACCAGUACUCCGAGCUACUGAAGAUGUCCUCCCCCUGCGAGAAGCUCAUCCGCAGAGACAUCGCCCGCACCUACCCCGAGCACGAGUUCUUCAAAGGUCAGGACAGCCUGGGGCAGGAAGUCCUCUUCAACGUCAUGAAGGCCUACUCUCUGGUGGAUCGAGAGGUGGGCUACUGCCAAGGCAGCGCAUUCAUCGUCGGUCUGCUGCUUAUGCAGAUGCCUGAGGAGGAGGCGUUUUGUGUGUUUGUGCGUCUGAUGCAGGAGUACCGUCUGAGAGAGCUCUUCAAACCCAGCAUGGCUGAGCUGGGCCUCUGCAUCUAUCAGUUUGAGUAUCUGCUACAGGAGCAACUUCCAGAGUUGAACGUCCAUUUCCGCUCCCAGAGUUUCCACACAUCCAUGUACGCCUCAUCCUGGUUCCUCACCCUCUUCCUCACCUUUCUCCCUCUGCCUGUCGCCACGCGUAUCUUUGAUAUUUUCAUGUAUGAGGGCCUAGAGAUUAUCUUCCGUGUGGGUUUGGCCAUCCUGCAGUACAACCAGACUGACCUCAUUCAGCUGGACAUGGAGGGCAUGUCGCAGCAUUUCCAGAAGGUGAUUCCCCACCAGUUUGACAGCUGCCCCGACAAGCUGAUCCUCAGGGCCUACCAGGUCAAAUACAACCCCAAGAGGAUGAAGAAACUUGAGAAAGAAUAUACCACCAUCAAGAACAAAGAAAUGGAGGAGCAAAUUGAGAUCAAGAGGUUACGCACAGAAAACAGGCUGCUGAAGCAGAGGAUUGAGACUCUGGAGAAGGGUCAGGUGACGAGGGCGCAGGAAGCAGAGGAGAACUACGUGAUCAAACGGGAGCUGGCGGUGGUGAGGCAGCAGUGCAACGCAGCCAGCGAGAGCCUUGAGAAAGCGCAGGACACCAUCAGAGAACUGCAGCAACAGAAGUACACAGAGCAGUUUGUGAGCAAUCUGCAGACCCAGCUGGAGCAGUCCCGACUGCGUGAGGCCGAACUGCUGGGAGCGCUGAAGGAAAUGCAAGACAAGGUGCUAGACCUGGAGAAGAGGAACAGUUGCCUGCCUGAUGAAAACAACAUGGCGGCUCUGCAGGAGGAGGUGAAGCAGAUGAAGCUGAGGGAGCUGGAGACGCUGCGCUCGUUCAGGGAGAUGCAGGACUCCGUUACUGAGCUCAACCAGCGCUGGCAGCAUCAUAUGUCCCGUGGCAGCGGUACCGGUGGCGGCGGCAGCCACUGGAAGGAAUCCCCGAAGAAGAACGCUAUGAACGAGCUGCAGGACAAACUGAUGACGGUCAGACUGAGGGAGGCCCAGGCCCAGGCCGAGCUCCGAGAGGUCAAACUGAAAGCCCUGCAGCAGGAGAGCCAGAACCAGAUCCACAGCAAGCUGAUUGGUCGCAAUGAGCAAGAACGCUCCGCCCUUCAGGACCGGCUACAGAUGCUGGCCAAUCAGAACAAAGCUCUCCAGGCCCAAGUCAACGAGAUGAAAAGGAAGCAGGCCGAGUUCGACUGCAAGAGUAAAGAAGAGGUGAUGGCCGUGCGACUGAGGGAAGCAGACAGUAUGGCUGCCAUGGCUGAACUCAGGCAGAAGAUCGCUGAACUGGAGAUACAGAAAGAGGCAGGGCUGAUUCAGGGUCAGCUCAAUCACUCAGACUCCAGACAGUACAUCAACCAGCUCCGGGACCAGAUUGCUGAGCUCAAGAAUGAGAUCAGGGAGUUGCGGGGGCAGAAGGCGACCCCCAGCUCCAGGGUCAGCGGUGGAGGCGGAAGCACCAACUACCAGGAUCUCUGUCUGGCCAGCCCUACCUCCGCCGAGGGGGACUACCUGAGCUCAGACGACGACCUCCUCCCCAGCCCGCUGCCUCCCAACGCCCUUUACCCCUCCCUGUCCGGCCAGUGUCACCCGUCCGCCCGCCUCGACAGCGAGGGCAGCACAGACAGCGAGGCAGAGGAGCGAGUGCGGACACACCCGGACCCACAGCAGCUGUACGGCAGCAUGGUGUGUGCCGAGGGGCUGGAUAACUGAGACCCGGAGGAGGUGCAAAGAAUAUGAUGGAUUUUUGACCCUAAAGAGACGCUGGAACUCUACAGGACUGGACUCCCGCUCCUGUAAACUGGAACUGUAUUAUCCAAUCCAGUCCUCCCACUCGGCUUUUCCAGUGUUUACCUUUUACUUGAUGCAGACAUAGUGGCAUUGAUUGGACCUCUUCUGAUCAUCACGACCUGUUGUCUCCGCUCCCGUUACUGUCUCCAACACCUUUUCCCCCUACACUGUCCGACCCCGUGUUUCCCUGACAACGAGGUCAUUGUAAAGCCUCUCUCCUUUUACCCACGUGUAACUGCGCCAGAAACUGUCCGUCAUGAUACAUAUCCAUCCCAACACACACAAAGAUAAUCUAAAUGGACUGAUAAACUGGACCAGCAGCAAGACUGUUGCUGCUCGCUGCUCGAGAUCGACCACUGGACCUGAAUUUGUGACCGUGGCGAAGUGAAAGAUGGGUAGACAGACAGAGAAUAACUCUUCCUUGUCCCUAUAAACUGAGUAGUAGACACUUGAAACACUGUAUGCUCUGUCUACCCGUAAUAACUCUCAUUCCCCGAUUGGUUCAGAGUCAAAUACAUCUUUCUUUCUCUUUUUCCCUUUUUAUGCCUCUCACGAGGAAGACACACAUCCAUCUUCACUGCCUUCAGAAAAAAAGUUUUAUCAGCCAUCCAUUAACCUCUCAAAAAAAAAAAAAAAAAAAAAAAAUUUUUAAAA